UGCACCCAUUUCAUGGAAACGUGUUUUCUCUAUUGACUUGGAGUUGUGAUGUCCAGAGCCUUCCCCACUGACUGACAAACAGCGUUGUACCAUUUUGGAAUCGAGUUGAAGGCUGUGAGGAAGGGGGGGAAGAUGAGACCUCCCAGCCCUCUUCUGAUCCUGCUGUACAUCACGCUGUCCAAGAGUGUGAAGGUGGUCUCUAAGAGAGGCUCAGUGGACGGCUGUACAGACUGGUCAGUGGACUACCUUAAGUACCGGGUGCUGCAGGGCGAGCCGGUGCGGCUGAAGUGCGCUCUGUUCUAUGGUUACAUCCGGGCUAACUACAGCCAGGCGCAGAGUGUGGGCCUCAGCCUCAUGUGGUACCGCAGCUCUGGCCUUGGCCACAGCGACUUCGAGGAGCCCAUCUCUUUCGACGGGGUGCGCAUGAGCAAGGAGGAGGAUGCCAUCUGGUUCAGACCUGCUGACCUCCAGGACGUGGGCCUCUACUCCUGUGUCUUACGGAACUCAACAUACUGCAUGAAGGUGUCCAUGUCUCUGACUGUGGCGGAAAAUGACACAAAUCUGUGCUACAACUCCAACAUGAGAAGAACUGAGAAGGCUGAGCUCAGCAAGAGUAAAGACAUUCUCUGCCCUGACAUAGAUGACUAUGUUGAACCUGGCAAAGAGCUGGACAUCACCUGGUACAAGGAGUGUCGUCCAAAGCAGUGGCGUGCCAGCAUCAUCCAGAAGAGAGACAUUCUGUCUAUCCAGGAAGUAAAGGAAGAUGACAUUGGGAAUUAUACCUGCGAAAUCCAGUUUGGUGGUUUUGUAGUGAGGAGGACAACUGAGCUGACAGUAACUGCUCCUUUGACCGACAAGCCGCCAAAGAUCCUGUUUCCCUCAGAAAACAAGAUUAGCAAUAUGGAGCUGCAGCUAGGGAGCGCUUUGAACCUGACUUGCCGGGCGUUCUUUGGCUACAGCGGUGAUGUCAGCCCGCUCAUCUACUGGAUGAAGGGAGAGAAGUUCAUAGAGGACCUGGAUGAAGAAAGAGUCCAGGAGAGCGACAUCAAGGUGGUCAAAGAGCAUCUUGGUGAACAGGAAGUGGCAAUUUCCUUGACUAUUGACUCUUUGGAGGAGGAGGAUCUGGGAAAUUAUUCCUGUUAUGUGGAAAAUGGUAAUGGCCGUCGCCAAGCUACCAUCCAGCUCUUCAGGCGGGAGCUCAUGUACACGGUGGAGCUGGCAGGAGGGCUGGGAGCGAUCCUGUUGCUGCUCAUCUUUCUCAUCUCCCUCUACAAAUGCUACAAGAUCGAGCUGAUGCUUUUCUAUAGGAGGCACUUUGGCAGCGAGGACGUGGAUGGAGAAAACAAAGACUACGAUGCGUACCUGUCCUACACCAAAGUGGACCCGGACCAGUGGAGUCAAGAGACCAGGGAGGAGGAACGCUUUGCCCUGGAGAUCCUCCCUGACGUCCUGGAGAAACAUUACGGCUACAAACUCUUCAUCCCAGAUCGAGACCUGAUUCCAACAGGAACCUACAUAGAGGAUGUGGCACGCUGUGUCGACCAGAGCAAACGCCUCAUUAUAGUUAUGACACCCAACUAUGUGGUGCGGCGAGGCUGGAGCAUCUUUGAGCUGGAGACGCGGCUGCGCAACAUGCUGGUGACUGGCGAGAUCAAAGUCAUCCUGAUCGAGUGCGCCGAGUUGCGUGGCAUCAUGAACUACCAGGAGGUAGAGGCUCUUAAGCAUACCAUUAAAACCCUCACCGUCAUCAAGUGGCGUGGCCCCAAGAGCAACAAGCUCAACUCCAAGUUCUGGAAGCAGCUGCAGUACGAGAUGCCGUUCAGGCGCACAGUGCCCAUGCUCACCCACGAGCCGGCGCUGGACGUCAGCGAGCAGGGCCCCUUCGGAGAGCUGCAGACCGUCUCUGCCAUCUCCAUGGCGGCAGCCACUUCCACCGCCAUGGCCACCGCCCACCCUGAGCUGCGUUCUUCCUUCCACAACACCUACCACACCACCAUGAGGCAGAAACACUACUACCGCAGCUACGAGUAUGACAUACCCCCAGGCGGGACCCUGCCACCUCUCUCUUCUCUGGGGAACCAGCACACCUACUGCAACAUCCCUCUAACACUGCUGAAUGGACAGAGGCCUCCUGGGAAGAGCCGAGAGCACAGCCUGGAGGAGGCACAUGCUAACAACGCCAUGCUCCCUCUGCUGCCAAGAGAAACCAGCAUCUCCAGCGUCAUCUGGUAAUGAUGACCCGGCUCAGCAUCGGCUGUAGGAGGAUCAGUCAGGGUCAGACGUGGCUGGGCUCAGUCUGGUACACACGGUGGAACACAGUUCAUGCUCAUGACUUUGGUGAAAAGUGUUUUGGACCCAUUUGAUUCCACCUGUUGUUAACUAGCAGCAAGUCAUGGAGAUGCAGCCGGUUUUUGGACACUGCUACCCUUGUUUUUUCAAGAGGACGGCGCCUGUGUUACAGGGGAUGUUUUCUAUGUGAAACUGCAGGAGAUAUAAAGAAAACAAUGUUUCAUCAACUAGCAAGAGACAGACUUGCAGGAACUCCACAUUAAAGAACCAACACACUAUGGCAAUUGCGCACACACAUACAUACACACACACAUACACACACUCACAAAUGUGCAUACAUACAAACACAAGGAAAACAGG